AUGGCUUUCCUCAUCAGCCUCAUCUUUUUGUCAAGUUGGACGGCUGCAGCUUUUGCAUUUCCUCACAACACUUUUGACAACACUUUGAAAGGGUCAAGGGUUGAAUUUGAAUCAUCUGGCAGUGGACCAGAAGAACCUCUUCGAGGAAAAGUCAAGGUUGUGCAGCUGGACCCUCAUGCCCUGAUCCAGUCGGGGUUCUUCAGAAGGGGGCUGACCCCCAGAAGAACCCCCUCCCAUAGUUCCAGAUUGUCUUUCCCUGCCUUCUUGUCCCAGGGGCGUCCAGGUCUGGCCCCAGCCUCCAAGGCCCCUGUGAGUCCACUACACCACUUGUACCCUAAAAGCUCCAGAGAAGUUGAACUAAAGCAGAGACAAGGCCUGCAGAUGUGGCAGAGAGCCAUAGAUAGAGGAGAUAGGAAGACCAUGUCCCUGCCAGUCAACCUGAAGGACACUAAACAGACUUGCAGUGCGAUACCUUUCACUCAGCAUGUGACAGCAGAUGGAUGCAACACCGUGACAGUGCACAACAAGCUGUGUUUCGGUCAGUGCAGCUCUCUGUUUCUCCCAUCCGAAGGGGAGUUUGUGGGGUCGGGUACUGGGACAGGGGCCCUUCGCCGCCAGGCCCCCUGCUCACGCUGCGCCCCAUCCAAAGCUCACACUGUUACUGUGCCCCUGCGCUGUGGAGCCGAGGCCCGGGAGAGGCGUGUGAUGGUGGUGGAAGAGUGCAAGUGUGAGACAGGCAGUGAGGAAAGGAGUGUCGAGGCUGCAGCUUCAACGCAGCUGUAA